AAAAACGGAACGUGCUAUGCCGCGGAGCGCCUAGCCGAGUUGCGCUUUCACCGCGCCGCAUUAAUACCGAUUUAUUCAAUUGGUGAUACUGAUUAAAUUUUUUUUUUAAUUAUCUGAUUAUCAGUUUGAACUAUAACACAGUACAUGUAGCGCGUUAUCGUUUCCACAAUGGAGAGCCAAAAUGGAGUUUUUGAUAGAGUAGGCAUUAUUUGCACGGUUAUUGUUGGCUUUUGGAUAUUAAAGUUCCUUUUAAGUUUUGUGUACAAUAAUUUCCUAGCGCCUGCCCUUCAAAUUAAUGGAGUGAACUUGAAAGAAGCUGGGAAAUGGGCUGUAAUUACAGGCGCAACCGAUGGAAUAGGAAAAGCAUACGCGGAAGCACUCGCCAAGAAAAAGUUAAAUGUAAUUUUGAUAAGUAGAACGCAAGCGAAAUUGGAUGAUGUGGCUGCAGAAAUUACAAAGAAAUAUAACGUGGAAACGAAAACUAUCGCUGCAGACUUCACCAAUAUUAAUGAAAUUUAUUACAAAAUUGAUAAGCAACUGCACGGAAUGGAAAUCGGCGUUUUGAUUAAUAACGUUGGAAUGAGUUAUCCUCGUCCGGAAUAUUUCAUUGAUCUCAAAAACAAAGAUGAAAUCUAUGAUAAUAUUAUCAAAUGUAACAUUUACUCUGUAGUAAAUAUGUGUAAAAUAGUUCUGCCAGGAAUGAUAGAGCGCAAGCGAGGCGUUAUUGUAAACAUUGCCUCCACAGCUGCACAGAUCCCUAGUCCCUUGUUGACAGUUUAUUCAGCUUCAAAAGCAUUUGUUGAUAAAUUUUCUGAAGAUUUAAUGACUGAAUACAGUAGGUUUAAUAUUACAAUACAAUGCUUGCUGCCUGGAUAUGUUGCCACAAACAUGUCGAAGAUAAGAUCAUCAACUUGGAUGGCUCCAUCUCCUGCCAAAUAUGUCGCCGAUGCUAUUGAUACCAUUGGAGUGAGAGAAAGAACUACAGGUUACGUCCCACAUACUCUGCUGGUCGGGGUAGUGAAUUUUAUGACCUCAAUUUCACCAAAACUAUCCAGGUGGCUUAUUGUGAGGACUUAUACUAAUAUAAGAGCCAGGGCCAUCAGAAGAGAAAUGCACUAAUCUUAAGCAAAUAUUUAUUGUUUAGACUUUUAAAGUACUUUUGAUUUAAAUAAAUAUUUUUUAUGGAAAA